UGUUUACUGAUUGUCCGUUUUCUGGGGACCAGUGAAACUUUGGACGAGCAGCAGGCCUUUCUCGGCAGCAGCUCUUGUUGCGCCUUCUUCUACCAGCUCCAGCAGGACACUUUGAGCCUCAUGGCAAUUUGCCAAGACACCCAAGAGAGUCGGCUGCAGUCCUGGAGACAGCGCCUGGCGCCCAGGUCUUUGCUGCCGACUUCAUCCCGGCUGAAUGGCCUCCUGGCCCGCGGGCGGCAAGCGAGCCGGCCCAGGAGCCCUCGACCAAAAUCGCAGGAUGACUCGCUCCCCAGAGCCAAUACCUGGCCGCUCCUGAUCAAGCAGAGAUCGCAAAGUCUUGCCGUACGCCAGGCAGCGGAGGCUCGCAAGAGGUCCGCCGCCAUCAACAAGCAGAUCGCAGCCGAUUUCAAGGGGAGAGAGGAGUCUGUCUUGGUGUGGGGCGACUACGAGGCCAUAGUGCUGGUGGUGGAGAAUUUCAUGGCGGCGGCGUCGUCGUCGUCGAGGGCGAGAUCUGACAGUCAGGCAUCGGCGGCUGAACUGGAUGUCGACCUGGAGGCCGCUGCGGUUCCGAUCAGGCGGAACGUCCUGCUUGAAGCUCGAAGAUUCGUCGAAAGCUUGCUGGACGUCGUGGAGGAGCAUUCAGACAUGGAGCAGGCGGUGGGCCUUGUCAAGAGAAUGAAGGCCAAAAACGCGACACUGGACGAUAAGAUGGUCCUCUCGAUCGAGGAGUUGUGGUCUUCCGAGGCCUUUCGAACCGCAUGCACCGCUGCUGGAAAGCCGGAUGCAUAUGCACACCUGGUAAUGGAUGCUGUCCGCCGCAUCUCAGCCGAAAACUACAUGCCGACCCUGGCCGACCACCGGCGUUUCUUUCAAGACCGGCGGCGCAUGAUGUUCAAAGGCACGUUUAAAUUCAAGCGACUAUCCGUCAGCCUCGCGGAUAUGAACUGUAUGAGCAGUGGCAUCAAGUCGGUACGCUCGUACUUUGAGGAUACCACGAUCUUGCUCUUCCUUUUCGACCUAUCCCACUGCGUCGAGCUGUUUGACAAUGAUGACGAAUCUCACCACGGCGAGGGCCGGUUGAGGGAGUCUUUGACCUUGUUUGAACAUCUCGUCAACACGCGCCACUUUCCGCAAGCGUCGAUGAUUCUGGUCCUCUGGAACGUGGCCGGCUUCAAAGACAAGUUGGAUGGCAAGGAGCCUUCUAGCUCGCUCCGUAUCAAUAACAGACCAGACGGCGAGAGUGCUGCAGAGCAAGCCAUUAACCACGUGAUCGACAAGUUCACGGCUGCGAAAAAGUCGGGCAUGCCGCUUCACACGCGCGUUGCAGAGCUUUCUGACACUGCAAUAACAACCACCAUUUUGGCGAUCGUCAAAGACGCAAUGUUGGCGCGGAUGCUCACUGUCAGCGGCGUGUUCCGAGACAAGGCAUCUACCUAGAGUCACCGUUUUGUCCGGGCUUCCCAACUCGCAGACACGCAGUAUCUCCUCAGCAAAAGUUUGUGCUGCAGGCGAAGAGAGAGGACCCAGGGGGCAUCCGUCCCUGUCUGCCGGCGAGCGGAAGCUGCCGAAUACCCCGAGUGCCUAAUUCAGUCAAGUUAAUCUUGCCAAGUUAAGGGGCCUCAAUCUAUAGCAGCGGCAGGGAGUCGUCUGCUGGCCCGGAGCAAGGGGAACCCCGCAUAACC